AGGAAAUUUGAGUUUGAUAUAGCAUCUUCAAUUGCAGGCAAUGUCUAGAGUCUGGCCACACUGCGCUUAGCGAAGACAGCAACCCGGCAGCGCGUGCGCAGCUGCCAAACGAUGCUUCGCUGCCGACGUCGAACGUCGCCGUCAACAGCUGUGAAUCGGCGAAGGCGGCGAAUCGCUCGUCCAGUCGUCCUUUUAGACCAAAGGAUGCGAUGCGAUUUGCGCAGUUUGCGUGCGGUUUUCGGAGCUAAAGGACGCAGCAGCGGCAACGCCAACGGAUAAGCCAAGCGCCAACAAAUCAUUCAAAAAACAAAAAAACAACAGCCUGCUAAGCAAAACUAUUGUGAACUGAGUGUGUGAUUGUGGUUGGCACGCAAGCGAGACUCGAAGGCUGCGCAAGGACCCUUGGAUUACCUUGCGGGGCCCAAAAGCGAAAAUAGAAGUAGAAGAAGAAGAAGGCGCAGCAGCAUCUCUUGCCGCAGAACUCAUUCGAAGCGAAGCGCAGAGGCAAAGGCGAGAACAGAGAAAAUAAAAUAAAAAAGCAAAAAAGAGAAACGAAAAAAAAAAGGAAAAAGGAGAAAGCAAAAUACGAAGCAGCAGGCGAAACGCGCCGCGUUAAGUGCUAAAAGCAGCAGACCAUUUUUUAUUUUAUGCCUUUAUUUCCUUAUAUAUAUAUUUUAUUUGUAUCUUGAAAUUUGUGUGCCAACAAAGAGAACGACGCCCGCCGGCAGCAGCAGCAGCAGCAGCAGCAGCAGCAGCAGCAGCAGCGAUAGCAACAGCAACAACAGCAACCGCAGCAGUUGUAGCAGAGUCCAAAGUAAAGCCGCGGCGCUGCAGCCGCAGAAAAUGGCCGCAGCAGCUACAGCAGCAGCAGCAACAACAGCGACAGCAGCAACAACACUCACAGCCACAGCAACCACUCAAGCCUGAGCAACUGCAACAGCAUAUUGAGCGAAUGAAUGAAAGCGGCGACAGCUGCGACGGCUGCGCGGAUUGCUGAAGAUGUUGAUGAAGACGAAGACGAAGAUGCCGAGCAGCCUGAAGUGCAACAUGACAAUGCCAAGUGCCAACAGCAACAGCAAUAGUAAAGGGGGAAAUUAAGUGCCAAAGGCAACAGCAACAGCAGCAACAGUUGCAGCCGCAACAGUAGCAGCGAAAUCAAAACUAAAUUUACAUAAGAAAACAAGAGAGCACAAGCAAAGGACGAAGCAUAAUCAAAAUAACAGCAGCAGCAGCAGCAACAGCAACAACAGCAACAGCAGCAACAACAGCAACAACAGCAACAGCAGCAGCAACCGCAACAUGGCAGUUGCUACACGUAGCUGUUGUGGGCGUGGCCAGGCUGCCAUUGUCCUGUGGUUUAUAUUGCUGCUGGUCGGCGACAGCAGCAAUGGCCAAACGCGAGCGGCAUCAAUUGCCGCUACAGCGAGUGCAGCAGCAACACAACGUUUGCAAUUUGGUGUUGCGGGCGAUACGCCCACACUGAUUGCAACUACAAAGCAUGAGCAACAGCUGCAUCAGCACAGCAGCAAUACAACAGCAAGGACUGCAACAGCAGCAACAAUUACCAGCACAGCAGCAACAGUUGCUAAUGCAAACAGCCAGUCAAUAACCACAGCAGCGCCAACCACAACAACAACAGCAGCAGCAGCAGCAACAACAUUAGCAAAUAUUGCUAACAGCAACACUUUGAGCACUCACCAGCCGACACAGUCGGUGGAUGCGGUGGUGCGGCUGCUGGACUUGGAAAUGACGGCUGCACCACCAAUUGGCAGUGGACACGAUGGACUCAAGCUGACCAAGAAGAAGCAGCUGCAACAGCAACACUUUGCAACGGCAGCAACAACCACCAAGAAUAUGGAAAUAGACACCACCAGCACUACCAGUACCACGAGCAGCACCACCACCCCCACCACCACUCUAGGCAGCAGCACAGAGCCUGAGCUGCUGCCCGUACCGAAUGGCUAUUUGGGACCCAUUUUUAUGGGCGAGAAAACGUUUAGUGUGGUUCAUCCAUUAAAGAAACCACUGGCGCCCAACCACCAGGAGCAGCCACAGCGGCUGGGACAUGACGAGACCAUUGAGCAGCAGCUGCGUGAGGGACGCAUCGUGGAGAUUCUGGCACCAACAGCUCUGCUCGAACCGAAUGUGGAGAGCACUUCGCAGCGACCGGCAACCACCACCACAACCACCCAGCCGGCUGCACCACACACGCAGUCUGUGUUGUCAACAACAGUCUUUCAGGUGCCCGAACUGCAGAGCAGCACCACCCGACUGCCCAUGGCAGCGGCUGAGAUUACCGUGGCAGGCCCAGCGGUGCUGGCGGCACCACCGCGCACCGAAUCCAAAAUAUCCGAUAUACAAAUCGAGGUCUAUGACUCGACAGUCGAUUCGAUAGUGGCCUCCACGAAUUUCCGUGACACGCAGGGCUACUAUCCGCUGCCACAGGAACCAGCGGUGGGCACCACCAAACCGCCCAGCUCGCCCAUGACUCAGGAACGCUUUACCCAAUACGUAAUCGAUCGCGCCGAUGUCUCCACCCAACCUGCAGCUGGCAUGGGCGGUGGCGCUGGCGUGGGUGCCGGGGUGGGCAGACCCGAGCCAGCGGCUAUUGAGAUCCACAUCAACGUGUCGGAGGCCUUCGGCAAUGAGAGCGAAGACCUGGAGUUCUCCUAUCGGCAGCCAGCGAUCAGCGACGUGAAGGGCAACAAGCCCAACGAUGAGAUACUCGUUGUGGAGAUCAUUGACAACAGCACCGAGAACAUUUCCAGCGCUAGCGCAGAGCACUUGAAUCUCAGCUCGAUGCUCAGCUAUCCGUAUCACUCGGAUGCCCCACCGCCGGCUGUGCGUCCGCCACAGGAUGCCGCCGACGAGCUGUUCAUGGCGGAUACGAAGGGUGUCGAUCGCGGUGGCUUGCCAAGGCCACCACCACCGCCACCGCCACCGCCGCUGCCACGCAAGCCGAGCAUCGAUCGCGACUCCGAUACCAUCUUCUAUAUAUCGAAUACGGAGGUCAAGGUGGGCGAGUCCCUGCCCACAGCCAGCUCUAACAGCGAGCAACAGCAGCGCAAGCUUCAGUUUGAGAAUCAAUUCUUUCCCGCCAGCUACAGGCAGGAUCAGUCGCAAUCGCAGACCCUCUCAGCAGCUACAGCCCGCUAUGAGGAGGACAUCAUACUCUCGCCGCAGCAUCACACGGCCGAUGCGCUGAAGAUCUUGCGCAGUCCCAGCUCUAGUUCGGAUGGCGCACCACCGCUCGAUGUGACCUAUGUAGGUGAAUCGGUGAUUGAAGUGGAGCAGCAAUCGGUGCCACCACAAGUCCCCCUAAGCUCCCAGCAGCCGGACAUAAUCAUACAACCAGCGGUGCUGCCUGAUCUGGCAAUUGGAGUGCCUGUUAUUGGGGAGCUGCCGCCGCAGAUAGAGCUAAAGGAAAUCGACUAUAUGCCAGGCGAGCUGAUCGGCCAGGGUCGCAGCAUCUAUGAGAACGACAUUGAGAGCAACGGCCUGGGUCUGUCCAAUGAUCCGGACAUCAUUGAGAGCUCCAUUCAGUAUGGCGGCGAUCUGAUUGAUGAUGGCGCUGGCGGCGGCUUCGAUGGCGUCGAGGGUUCCUAUCCAUUUGAGAGUCCGACGCAUCGACUACAGCAGCAGGAUGCAGAGCAGGCGCAACACGGACUCAGCCAUCAGUCGCUGAAUCAUGGCUUCAGUCAUUUGCAUCGCGAGGAACUGCCCAUUGCAGAACUCCUCAAUGCCACGCUACAGCAGCACAAUGAGAGCAUCAAGGGCACAAAGUCUGGUGGUGCAUCUGCCAUGGCACCACUGCUGCAUGGCGAGCGCAUGGGCAAUGCCACGGCCCUAUCCGAGGAUCCUCUGGCCAACUACGAUGGCUUCUUAAAUCUCUUUGCCGUUUCGAUGGGUCUCAUCAUAGUCGUUCUGCCCGCCGGACUACUGACGUCCAUGUAUUGCGCCGUUCGUUAUUUGCUGAACAAAAAUGCGAAUUCGAGUGCCGCUGGCGAUGACAGCGAGCAGGGCCACGGCCAGGACUCAAAGCAUGAGGACAUUUCGCGCAACGCCCGCGAGACGAAGAUGCACACGGACAAGGAUGGGGUCUUUGUGGUGGAGGUAGCACGCGGCAUUGACUCGAAACAGCCGCCGGACAGCCCCGCCGCUGGCAUAGACAUCACUGAGCUGCCCUUCGACACUAGCAACAAGCUGUCAACGCUCGAGGAGCGCAGCCUGCCACCCAGCCAUGAACAGGUCCAGAUCCAUGCACCGCCCAGUGAUUUUGCCAAUCAGCCAGCUGCAGUUGGAGUUGGAGCAGCUGUCGGCUUGCAGCUCAUCGAAGAGGAGCAGCUGGUGCCAGAUGAGGAUCACGAUAUUGACCGCGAACAGCCCAUACAGUCCCAAACCGGUCUCUCCCAGUCUGACUUAAGCUCCACCUCCUCGAGCGACUCGAACAAACGCUACUCCUAUGGCAACCAGGAGCUCUAUGUCAUCGAACAGCCUGGCUAUGCCAGCAGCUUGCCUGUGGUGCUUAGCUCACAGCUAGAACUUGGAACUGACAAUGUACCGCAAGUGCAGCCGGAACGAAUUGUUGAGCAGCAGGAGAAACAGGAGCAGAAAGACCAGCAGGAGCCAAAGAAGGAACAGGAACAGGAGGAGCAGGAGCAGGAGGAGCAGGAGCAGGAGCCGGUGCCAGCACCAGCCGCCUUUGGAAAUGUAAACGAAACAGCAGCUGAGCAGGUGACUGUGAAUGUCGAGGAGGCUAAGGAGCCGCAGAUGAAGGAGGAAGCAGAGAAUAGCUAUGACAGCUUGAUGAGCCUGCCGGCGCCGCCUUCAACCGAGGAGAUUAAAGAGCUCAACGAUUUUACGCUGAUGGAGUCGACUCAAUUGGAUUCAUUGCCGCCACCACCGCCACCGCUCAACGAGACAGCAAAUGGAAAUGGACCCCAGCAUAGCGAGGAGAAUGAAAAGCAGCAGGAGGAGGAGGAAAAGGAGAAGGAGAAGGAGAAGGAAAAGGAGGACGAAGAGGAGGAGAACGAGAAGGAAAAGCAAAACGAUAUCGAGCUAGAGCAGCUGCAGCAGCAAGUCACUAAAGAACAGGAGCAGCAGCAGCUGGUCGAGCAACAACUGAAGCUAGCCAAUGGCAAAAUUUGCGCACUACCAAACAGCGCUGCAGCCAAUGGAGCCGGCAAUGGGCAGGAGCAGCCAUCCACAUUGACGCCGCCCGCUUCGCCGCCCGCCUCGCCGAGCGGCUCGACAUUGUGCGCGGGCAGCCUCGCCAAUGGCAUACAUGCGGUGCCCCAGCCCAUGGCCGUUGAUGUGAACGGUAGUUAAGAAGAACAAGCAGUCAGCAAGUAAGGCAGAAGAGGAAGCAGCUGUAAGCAGUUGAAAAGGUAUGAUAUGCAAGAGUACUCAAUAUAUACUAAUAUCUAAGCUAUUUAGAAAUUCGAUCAAACUGGUGUUGUUUUUUUUUUUGCAAGCGGUGGGUGCGUGGCCCCACCCGCACACAAACACUACACACACAUGUGUGUAUGUGGGUGUGUCAAAAGUUUAGGCUAGACUAAGCGUUAGGCAACAUAAAAUAAUCGAAAAAAAAAACCAAACAAAACUGAAAU